AUGGGCGAUCAUGGUGUAAACACUCGCACAAACCCGCCUAAUGCACCAGCAGAGACUACCGGGGCUAAUGUCCCAGCAAACCUCGCUGCAGUAGCCACAGCCCCUGCAGCCGCCCCAGUCCCGGCUCCCUUAGCCGGAGGUAUUGAUCAAAGCAUGCUCUUGCAGACUCUAAAAAUGCUCGAGCAGCAGAGAAAGCCCAUAUACAAGCUGCAUGGGACCUCCCCUUUCACUACGGAAGUGCGACAAGCUCAGCUCCCUAAGGGAUUUCGGUUAUUCGAAUCCCUAAAGUACAAAGGUACCUCUAAUCCCAUUGAUUAUUCAGAAAAAUUCAAUACUAUUAUGGAAGUGGAUCAGGUACCUCAGCUCGCAAAAUGUCGCAUUCUUGCGGCAAUGUUGGAAGAAAACGCCCACGAUUGGUUCAACCAAUUUCUUGAGGCCUCUAUCUCGACAUGGGAGACCUUUGUCCACCUAUUCCUCACGCAUUUCCAAGCCACGAUGACCUAUAGGCGGCCCUAUACCACUCUGGCUAACAUCAAACAAGAACCUGGUGUCCUGUCGAGAAUCGAUUUUUGGAAGGAGCUGCAGCCUCGAAGACCAGAAUCGCUAGUCGAGUUCUUUGCCAUGGCAGAACCACAUAAGAGGAUUGAGAAUUCUCCAGCAGAAUUUGAGAAGGGCAAAGACAAGCGUAAGUCACCAGUGCUGCGGUCACGAUCCCGCAGUCCACGAGUGAAAAGUUCCAAAGGUCGAAGCCCAAGAAGACGCAGUCCACGGAGACAGCAAAGUCCAAAAUUGGCCAAGUCCCCUCCAAAGAAGGAAUCCUCACCGAAAAGAAAAGGUGGACCGCGCUUCGUGAACUAUACUGAGCUCGCAGUACCACGAGACUAUAUCUACACUAUCGAAGAGAAGAAUGGGGACGAAAUUGAAGAGCUGAUCAGGAGGGGGAAGUUCAGCAAAUAUAAAAGGAACGAGGAAAGUCAUCCACGGGCGGAUGACAAAGUGGAAAAUCAAAAUGCGAGUGGCUCGAGAACACCUCGCAAUAUAUUGACCAUCAUAGGCGGGCCUCAUAUCACAGAAGAAUCGAGAAAGUCGCAGGAGCGAUAUGCAAAGGAAGCCAAGGAGAAGCCCCUCACCAAUGUGAAUAAUCUCAGUGAGCGACCAGAGAAGUUGUUCAAAAGAGAAUGCGAUGACAUCACGUUCAUGCAAAGUGAUUCGAGAUGGGUCCAUCACCCGCAUUCUGACGCAUUGGUCAUUGUCGCCAAUAUUGGCGGAGAUAAAAUCCACCGUAUACACGUGGACAACGGAAGUUCAGUGAAUCUCUUGAACUUCCAAGCCUUUAAAUAA